AGAAUUGGCUCGAAGCGCGGAAUCCGUGCCCGAGUGCGCGAAGAGUGGCUUUUUUCGUUUUCCCGAGGAGAGUGCCCCGCAACAUGCGCCGGAGCUGCUCGGACCCCGCGCUCAAGGCGCCUGUGCCCGCCCGCCGGGCAGAGGUGCGGAGGCUGCUGGUGGUGCCCCCCCAGCGCUCAGCGGCACAGCUGAUCAGCGAGCCCUUGCAGAGUCAGAGCCAUGACCCAAAGGUGGCCAACCAGGCGAAGUCCCAGCUGCUGUUGGCGGCGCAGGUCCGGAAGGCGCAGUCCUCAGCCAAGCUGCCGCCCGGGCAGUACUGGUGGAACCAGGUGGAGCGGAAGGUGACCGUGUGGCGGUGAUCGGAUGGAGCGAGCCACGUUGGGCAUACCUUUUGAGCACCUGAAAGUCGGGGAAGUGACACACUUGGCCGGCAUGUGGUUUAGUGGCACAGGAGACUUACCUGGUUCAUUGUCAAACUUGGCAUGCUUCCGGAAAAACAUACAUUUCACGGCUUUGGAGUUUCCGCGAUACCAAGGAAGCUCCCUUUAAGGUGAAGCCGGGGGAUGCCUCCCACCUUAAUUCACCAAGGGCGUUGGUCCCUGCCUGUGACCCCGAGGGAUUGUCGGUUGCGAAGCUUGGGAAAAGCUCCAUUGAUGGGAUGCACCCGAGCCUGCGAUCUGCAUUUCGCAUCAGGCGUCCUUUCCUCUGCACUGCACUGUAAAAAAGAUAGGCUGCCCCCCCCCCCCUCUGCCCCCCC